GAAAGUAGCUGGUAUUUUUCACUACAUUAUAUCAAUUAUUCCCAUUUUAACAUAAAUGAUCAUUUCAUUAUUCACUGAUAUAAUAGCUAGAAAUAUUUUCAGAUUCGAUAUUAUCAAUGGGAAGGCCUGAUGUGGACUUUGAUGGACGAGUAGCACAACCUUCAAUACCACCAAUAAACAAUAUUAUAUCCACACCAUCUCUCAAUGGUGAAACUAUAUCGAUGGAUCCAAAGACGAUGUCUGCCGUAAGAGCGGGUAAUGUAAAUUACCUGAGAGAUAACUACAGUUACGUUAGACUUGCUCCACGCUUAGUGACCAAUCAUGGAAAUACAAUGCUUCAUCUUGCUGCAUCAUCGGGUCAUGCCAGUCUAGUCCGUUAUCUGAUCAACGAAUGCCCAAGUUUGCUAAUGAAGUCAAACCUGAUGGAUGAAGUUGUUCUCCAUGUUGCAGCAAGAACAGGCCAUCUUGAUGUUACGUUGCAUCUAGUUGGUUUCAUAAAAGAGAUAUCUCGUAAUGCUGUCGGUGUUGCAAAAAGGAUAUAUUUUGCUAAGAACAAAAACCAAGACACUGCUUUGCAUGUUGCCUUAAAAGAGAAACACAUGUUGGUCGCUUCCUAUUUGGUCUCUGCAGAGAAAGAUUUGUCUUUCGUUGCCAACAGCGAUGGGUUUUCUCCCUUGUACCUUGCUAUAGAAGCUGGACAGGCAGAUCUUGUAGCAGCUAUGUGUCACCAAUCAUCUGAUUUACGUUCAAAGGUUGGAGGAAGAUCCAUCGUACAUGCGGCACUAAAAGCUAAGAGGAAAGAUAUCCUUACUGCUUUACUCAGCAAAGAUGCACGUCUUAUUGACUUGAGAGAUGAAGGACGGACUUGUCUUUCUUUUGGAGCGUCCAUAGGAUAUUAUAAAGGGAUCUGCUAUCUCUUGGACAAAUAUCUAGACAUGGUUUAUCUCAGCGAUGAUGAUGGCUUGUUUCCCAUUCAUAUGGCGGCCAAAUAUGGCCAUGUCAAAAUUCUUGAGGAAAUACUUAAACGUUGUCCGGAGGCACUUGAGUUGAUUGACAAAGACGGUCAAAAUGUUCUUCACGUUGCAGCAAGGAAUGGAAAACUUGAACCGAUCAAGUUUAUCCUAAGAAUUUAUAAGGAUAAGAACAAGAAUAAGUUGAUUAAUGAACAAGAUGUGGAUGGAAAUACACCGUUGCAUCUAGCCACCAAAAAUUGGCACCCUAAAGUUGUUAGUAUGCUUACUUGGGACAAUAGAGUUGACCUUAAGAAAACAAACAACAAGGGUUUCACAGCUUUGGAUGUCGCCGAGGAUAACAUUGUUUCAGACUAUGUAUUCCAUCAGAGAUUGACUUGGUUGGCUUUGCGGAGUGGUGGUACACCAAGGAGUCCAACUACAAAUGAUCGUAGAAUAAUCAUGAAGUUAGCAGAUGGUGGGAGGUACAAAGAUCAAGUCAAUACUCUUCUGCUGGUUGCAACUCUUGUAGCCACAAUGACUUUUACUGCAGGACUCACAUUACCAGGUGGUUACAACGGUUCUGCUCCCAACUUGGGAAUGGCCGUUUUGACCAAGAAAACAGCUUUCCAAGUCUUUCUUGUAUGCGACACAUUGGCAAUGUACUGUUCCAUCAUUAUUAUAGUUGCCCUCCUUUGGGCACAGCUCGGUGAUAUUUCUAUCAUACUCAAAGCGUUCUACAUGGCACUUCCAUUUCUCGGACUUGCGCUUACAUCAAUGUCGAUAGCGUUUAUGGCUGGCACAUAUGCAGCGGUAAGCCACGUCCCUUUGCUUGGUUGCUUCGUUUUGGGUAUCGGUGUCAUCUUCCUGCUGGUCUUGUUGCUGUUCCUUGUUCCUUAUGUGGCUCCAAUUGGUAAUAUCCAUUCCUUUCUCGGACACCUUUUAUACUACCCCUAUUUCCUUAGGCUUUUGGCUGCUGGUGACAACAAUAACAAUAAUGACUAGAGAAUCCUGGCUAAGCAACUUUCAGGUUUCUUGUUAGUAACUCUGACCCCCAAAUAAAACUUAACUUUCAUGGUUAUUGAUUGUAAAGAACAAUCAUUUGUCCAAUGCAUGUAAUAAUAAAUAGUUAAUAAUAAUAUUUUGUCAUAUGUUAAAUGUAAAAUCAUAAUAAAUAUUUUGCCAAAAUAUUAUGUCAACUAAGUUUGGCAAAAUAUUAGGCAACUAUCUGUGGUGUGUAUUGAAAGCCUUGUAUAAUAAAUAAGAAGGCUUGGAGAGUGUUAUAAUCCAUACCAUGUGAGUUG